GAGAAAUUCUCAAAUCUCCUAUCGUGUCAGCCUCAAACUCUCCAUUUCCCGCGAAAGCCUCCUUCUCUAAUCUCUAUCUUCUUCUCUGUGCUACAAAUUUUCUCUCUCUAACAACUUCCUAAUCCUCUCUUCUCGUCUUUGUCUCUCUGAGAGAUAACCGACUACCAGUAAACACUCGCAAUGCAAUGAAGGACUUUAUCAACAGCCACCAAACAUCCCUUUUCCAUGUCGACCUCUGCUAUCCCUGACAACCAAGAUCCUCCUGAAACGACGUCGUCGUCUUCUUCUUCUUCUUCUUCUUCUUCAUCCACGCCAACCAAUUACAAGCUCCGAAAAAUCCCUCCUAUUCCGACUCGCCGGACGCCUUUGCACGAAAAUGCAGAGUCUUCUCCUUAUGAUGAGGAGGAGGAUGAUGACCCUUCUGAUUUGCCAAAAGCAGAAGAGAUUUCGCCUAUUAUUCUGGCGUCCUCGCUCGGACUCAACCAUAUCAGGACGCAGUCCGUUCCUUCUCCUUCUCCUCUUAGGUUUUCUUCCGCUGCGGGUAGGCCUUCCAAUCUCGGCAAUAAUAAUACCGAUGCUGUAAAUGAGGAGGAUCAUAAAGACGGUGCUGUCGAGACGACAAGGCUUAAAUGGGCCAUUCCUAUUCAUAGUGCGUCGUCCAUGGACCCAGGGAAAAAGUUUGGAUGGAAUCAGUCCAAAUCAUUGAAAUAUCCAUCAUCAGUCAAUCCACCGUUGGAGAGUAACCAUGCGGCUUUUGCCAAGGAAUUGCAAUCUCCACGUUUCCAGGCAAUACUGCGUGUAACGAGUGGUCGGAAGAAGAAGGCCCCAGAUGUCAAGAGCUUCUCUCACGAGCUCAAUUCCAAAGGAGUCCGGCCUUUUCCUGUUUGGAGGUCUCGGGCAUUCGGUCAUAUGGAGGAAGUUAUGGUGGCAAUCAGGGCAAAAUUCGACAAGUUAAAGGAAGAAGUUGAUUCUGAUUUAGGCAUAUUUGCCGGAGAUUUGGUGGGCAUACUUGAAAAGACCACGGACUCUUACCCUGAGUGGAGAGAAAGUUUGGAGGAUCUGUUGAUUGUGGCUCGGCAAUGUUCAAAAAUGCCACCUAAUGAUUUCUGGACCAAAUGCGAGGCCAUUGUCCAGAAUCUAGAUGAUAAGCGUCACGAGCUGCCAAUGGGGAUCCUCAAACAAGCGCAUACCCGACUUCUCUUUAUCCUCACUCGAUGCACUAGGCUUGUGCAAUUCCAAAAGGAGAGUGGUUAUGAGGAAGAUCACAUUCUGGGUCUUCAUAAAUUUAGUGACCUUGGAGUUUAUCCAGAAAAAUUUUUGGAAAUUGCAACACAGGAAGUUAGCGAUCCAUCGGUGGGUGGAAAGGUGGCGAGUGAGAAACAGAGAAAGAAGUCCCAUGGUCAAGAACAAGAAGCUCUGGUCAUACAAGGAGAUCAAGUAGAACAGACUGUGGAGGUUAGUACUGCAAAAAGUAAUGAUUCUACUACGAGCAGCUAUAGGAUGUCAUCUUGGAAGAAAUUUCCAUCAGCUGCCGAGAAAAAUCGGAAGGGCACUGAUUCCAUCGGUACACCUACCAAGGAUAAAUCAGAAACGCUGCAUAAUAAAGACGAAACAAGAACCUUUGGGGAUGACAACUCUGAAAAUCUUGGAACUCCAGAGCAUGCUGCAUCAACAGGAAUCAGAAAAGUUUCUUGGGGUUUCUGGGGGGAGCACCAUAAUGUUGCAUAUGAUAAUUCGAUGAUAUGCCGCAUUUGUGAGGUCGAAAUACCAAUAGUACAUGUAGAGGAGCACUCUCUGAUAUGUACAAUUGCUGAUCGGUGUGACUUGAAAGGCUUAACUGUGAAUGAACGACUUGAAAGAGUUGCAGAAACGCUUGAUAAGAUAUUGGAAUCAUGGACACCAAGAAGUUCUGAUACACCAAGACGAACAACGCCAGGUAUACAUGAGGACGUAGAUGAUCUAUCACCCAAAAGAAACAGUUUUUCUCGCCAAUGCUCUGAAGACACGCUUGAUGCCAUGCCUGAUGCUGACAAUGCUUUUGUGAUGGAAGAUCUGAAUGUUUUGUCAGACAUUUCUUGUGAAGCGCGUUCCGCGUUGUUACCUGAUGGAGACACAAAAACUUCAUCUGGGGGAAGCUUGACACCACGAUCACCAUUAUUAACUCCACGGACCAGACAGAUUGAAUUGCUAUUGAGUGGACGGAGGACAAUAUCGGAACUUGAGAAUAAUCAGCAGAUAAGCAAGCUACUGGAUAUUGCCCGUUCUGUUGCAAAUGUAAACGAGAGUGACUAUAGUUCAUUGGAGUCUAUGCUUGACCGCCUAGACGACCUCAAAUAUGCCAUUCAGGAUAGAAAGGUGGAUGCCCUCAUUGUAGAGACUUUUGGAAGGCGCAUAGAGAAAUUAUUACAGGAGAAGUAUGUGGAUCUUUGUGCACAGAUAGAUGAAGAAAAAUUGGACUCGUCAAACCAUAUGGCUGAUGAAGAGAGUUCAGUGGAAGAUGAUACGGUUCGCAGUUUGCGUGCAAGCCCUAUCAAUCCAUAUUCUAAGGAUAGAACUUCUAUAGAAGAUUUUGAAAUAAUAAAACCAAUCAGCAGAGGGGCAUUUGGACGGGUUUUCCUAGCCAGAAAAAGGGCAACUGGUGAUUUUUUUGCUAUAAAGGUUUUAAAGAAGGCUGAUAUGAUUCGUAAAAAUGCUGUUGAAAGUAUUUUGGCAGAGCGAAACAUACUCAUAUCAGUUUGCAAUCCGUUUGUGGUACGGUUUUUCUACUCCUUCACAUGUAGGGAAAAUCUUUACCUGGUCAUGGAGUAUCUAAAUGGAGGAGACCUUUACUCAUUGUUGAGAAACUUGGGCUGCUUGGAUGAAGACAUGGCCCGUAUGUAUAUUGCAGAAGUUGUUCUUGCUUUGGAGUAUUUGCAUUCUUUAAAUGUCAUUCACAGAGACUUGAAACCAGACAACUUGUUGAUUGGUCAAGAUGGUCAUAUCAAGUUGACAGAUUUUGGGCUCUCGAAGGUUGGUCUUAUCAAUAGCACAGAUGACUUAUCUGGUGCAUCAUUUAAUAGUUCUGCUUUUCUUGAUGACCAUGAAACAAAAAGUCAAAAUUCUUCAAAAAGAGAGCAGCGCCAAAAGCAUUCUGUUGUUGGCACUCCUGAUUAUUUGGCACCUGAGAUACUUCUUGGCAUGGGACAUGGUGCAACUGCUGAUUGGUGGUCUGUGGGUGUUAUUCUUUUUGAGCUGCUUGUUGGUAUUCCACCUUUCAAUGCAGAAACUCCACAGCAAAUAUUUGACAAUAUAAUGAAUAGAGAUAUACCUUGGCCCAGGGUACCUGAGGAGAUGAGCUUCGAAGCAUGUGAUUUGAUCAACAAAUUGUUGACUGAAAAUCCAAUUCAAAGGCUUGGAGCAACAGGAGCCAAAGAGGUGAAGCAGCACCCUUUCUUUGGGGACAUUAACUGGGACACACUUGCACGGCAAAAGGCUAUGUUCAUACCAACAGCAGAUGCAUAUGACACAAGUUAUUUUAUGAGCCGCUAUAUAUGUAAUCCAGAGGGUGAAAAUUUUCUAGGGGGCAGUGACUUUGAUGACUUAACUGACUCAUGCAGCACUGGGUCAUUCAGCAAUACCCAUGAUGAGGAUGGGGAUGAAUGCGGCAGCUUGGCAGACUUUAAUGCUCCCGCACUUGCUGUGAAGUACUCAUUCAGUAAUUUUUCAUUUAAGAAUUUGUCUCAGCUUGCCUCUAUCAAUUAUGAUAUGGUGAUUAGGAGCGCCAAGGAAGCAGCGGAUGCAUCGAAACCGUCCGCUCCUUGACAAUUCUUCAUGAUUGCUUAAAUAGCCGUUCAUCAUUUUGCUCCCAGCUGCAGUUUCAGUUUAGCAUGGUCAAUUUCAAUCGUGAUUCUUUGAUGAUGAGGAAAAAUUUUCAACCUGAAAAUUUCAACAAGACACUUUCCUAGAACAGCAGUUUAUCUAUUUGAGAAAAAAAAAAGAAAGAUUAGUGGCAUUCAGGAAAUUUUCAUAUUUCACGUCAUUGUAACUUCAAUACAGAACGUGGAAACUAUAUUUCUACAGUCAACAAACAGGUCAUGUACAUUUUUGUGAUUUUGACCUUCCGGCUUUUGUAUAUAAUAUAGAUCUCAGUGGUUUCUAUAGGAACUUGUAAUUGGUGAGUUUAUGCCUUUUUUUUUUUUUUUUUAGAAGUUUUGAAUGGAAAAUGGAAUUUAAACACAA